AUGUCUUCCCCCAGCCCUGAGGAUGUGCCCCAGAGGCCUGAGCCCGAGCCCUCAGGCUCCAAUAAGAAAAAGAAGAAAAGAAAGUGGCUGCAGCAGGAAGCCAGCAUCCAAGCCCUCACCGAGGCUGGCCAUGGCGCCCUUCAGGCUGGCCGGAACCAUGAGGCCUUGACCAACUUCCAGAAGGCCUUCCUUCUGGCCUCCAAGGCCCCACAAACCAGGGACACCCCUGUGCUCCAGGCCUGCGCCUUCAACCUGGGGGCUGCCUAUGUGGAGACGGGGGACCCAGCCAGAGGCCUCGAGCUGCUCCUGCAAGCUCAGCCUGAAGAGAAGGCACAGGGCAGGCAUCAUGGCGACCAGUGUUUCAACGUGGCUUUGGCCUACCAUGCCCUCGGUGAGCUGCCUCAAGCUUUGGCCUGGUACCACAGGGCCGUGGGCCACUACCAGCCACAGGGUGACCAGGGAGAAGCCUGGGCGAAAAUGGGAGCCUGCUACGAGGCUCUGGGACAGCCUGAGCUAGCAGCCCACUGCCUGCAGGAAGCAAGCCGGGCCUAUGCCCAAGAGAGGCAGCCGCGGGCUGCAGCCCUGGCACUGGGGGCUGCGGCAGGAUGUAUGCUGAAGAGUGGGCGGCAUGGGGUAGGGGAAGUUGUGAAGAUGCUGGAGAAAAGCCGGAGGCUUGCAGAGACGAGCACUGAGAAGACACUGCUGGGGCACCUCUAUAAUGAUCUAGGCCUGGGCUACUCCGAGCUCCAGCUGUUCCCGCUGGCUGUGGAGGCCUUCCUGCAGGCCCUGCCCCUGUGCUCGGUGCCAGGAGAGCAGGCCACGGUGCUAAGAAACCUCGGGAUGGCCCACAACGCCCUUGGCAACUAUCGGGAAGCUCAGGAGUUUCACCAGAAGGCUGCUGACCUGCAUGGCUCUGUGGGGCAGCGGUGGGAGCAGGGCCGGAGCUUUGGCAGCCUGGCAUUUGCAAUGAGCCAGCUGGGGGACCACAAGGCCGCCAGAGACAACUACCUGCAUGCCCUGCAGGCUGCCCGUGACUCUGGGGACAUGAAGGGACAGUGGCAGGCCUGUGAGGGUCUGGGGGCUGCUGCAGCCAGGCUGGGGCAGUACGACCAGGCCGUGAAGUACUAUAAGGAAGCACUGGCCCAGUGUCAGAAGGAGCCAGAUUCCGUGCGAGAACGGCUGGUGGCCAAGCUGGCAGACGCCGUGAGGAUGCACUUGGCACAGGUAGGGCUGGUCCAGACACACCCUGGUCUCUGGGGUCAUUUCUCCAUCUCAGCUCCAGGAAGACCCCAGGCUCCAGGUGGGGCCAGCCAAGUGGAGGUGACCUCAGCAAAGGCAGGAAGCAGCGCAGCAGGUGCCCAGCACAGAUCUUCCAGUGGAUGGGAAGACGAAGAGUUUGAAGAGGGCCACCAGGAGAAGAAAGAGGAGAGGUCGGCAAACGUUCCCACGAGGGCUCGGCCGGGGAGACUGGAGCAUGAUUGUUUCCCUCCAGGCACAGUGAAUCAUUCCCACUGUCUAGCUUCUACUUGCCCCGUGUUCACCAAGCACACGCCCUGCAGAGGGACAGUCCUUGGCAAAGCCUCAUGUAUAGCGAGCAGUCCAGGACCCCGGGCCCAACUUCCAUUAGUGGGUCCGGGCCCUCCCAGAGUGGAGAACCCUAGCUUCCUGGUACCCAAUGGCCCUCAAGCCAAUAGGUCAUCCACGUGGCCUACAGAAAGCCUCAGCAGGAGCCACCAGAGGAGACCCACGGAGUCAGGCAUCUGCAUGAUCCUGUGAUGUCCCCUGCAGCCGCAGCCCUCAUCUCUGCAGCACCUGCCCACCACACACACACUAGGGGGUCCUGGGGACCAAGCCUCUUCCCAGUUGCUCAACCCUGCAGGGAUGUGAAACAUAACUCAUCCAGUGGACUCCUGAGGAGCCUGGCCAAGGGCUUUGCUGGCUCAGCCCUGAGAGGCUCUGUUUGGGAUUUUUGGACUCCCUAGGUAAAAGAAAAAAGGAAAAUGGAUGGCAAAUUCCCUUUGUCUUUCUGGAUCCAAAUCUCACAAGUGCCAGGAGCCUGGCAGUUCUAGAAACUGACUUCGUGGUCAAGUAGCUUUGGAGUCACUGUCUCCAGACCCUCAUUUCUGCAUAUGGGAAAUGAGGAUAUAAUACUACAGAAGAUACACCUUACCAACCGAUGCACCCCACUUCCUCUGUGAAACACAGGGGAUGCUGGGCGCAGGCCUAGACUAGCCUGUAGCCUGUAGGACAGUUCCUUCCAGAAGCCACAGGAACAGUGAUGUGAUGUACCAUUUCCCGAGCACUUAGCUCACGCCCCACCCUAUUCUAGGUGCUUCACAAGUGUAUUCUCCUCUAAUCCUCACAACAGAUAUAUGACGUGCUAUUAUCAUCCCCUUUCACAAAUGAGGAACAGCGGGCACAAAGCUUCAGUAGUCUGAAUUCCCAGGUCACAUAACUAGUACGUAGAGAAGCUGGGACUCACACCUAGGCAGUGAGCACUUUCUAGAAUGCUGUGCAGUUCCACCUCCCCAGCUAAGCCCUCACUUACUCAGAGUCAGUUGUGAUUUAAUACCAAGUGUGUUUAUACCCGUUG